UAUAACCCCCUCGCUGGGCUGGACGGAUUAGAAUAAAAAAAAUAAAAAAUCACUAGGAGGACAGCAGCAUCUGGGGAGAGACUGUGACAUUCGAUUGCGAGAGGCUGAUACAAUGUCUGGACAAGAAUUUAACGUGGGAGAGGGGAAGCCGCUCUUGGUGGAAGAGGGAAUAAUCGUGUUAACGCAAGAUUAUGAAAUUCACGAACAUGACAUCGAGACAGCUCAUGGGAUCGUCCACGUCACUAUGUGUGGGACACCAAGACAGAACAGACCCGUUAUACUGACGUACCAUGACAUCGGACUGAACCAUAAAAGCUGCUUUAACCCCCUGUUCAGCUGUGAGGACAUGCUUGAAAUCACACAGCACUUCUCCGUAUGCCAUGUGGAUGCUCCCGGCCAACACGAAGGAGCCCCUUCCUUCCCAUCAGGGUAUGUGUACCCAUCCAUGGACCAACUGGCUGAAAUGUUGCCUGGAGUAGUACAGCAGCUUGGUCUAAGAAGUGUGAUUGGAAUGGGAAUCGGAGCUGGAGCCUAUAUCCUCACAAGAUUCGCUCUAAACCAUCCCAGCAUGGUGGAGGGCCUGGUGCUUAUUAACAUUAACCCGUGUGCAGAAGGAUGGAUGGACUGGGCGGCCACUAAGCUCUCUGGAUUGGCCCACGGCUUAACCGAAAUGGUGAUCUCUCAUCUUUUUGCCAAGGAUGAAAUCAACAACAACCAUGACUUGAUUUACACCUACCGCCAGCACAUCAUGAACAUCAACCAAAAUAAUCUAGCGCUAUUUGUGAAGUCCUACAACAGCCGAAGAGAUCUAGAAAUUGAACGUCCAAUUCCCGGGACAAACCCAGUGACAUUAAAGUGUCCUGCACUGCUGGUGGUUGGUGACAAUUCUCCUGCCGUGGACGCAGUGGUUGAAUGUAAUUCAAAGCUGGACCCAACAAAAACCACAUUGCUGAAGAUGUCAGACUGUGGAGGAUUUCCCCAAGUCGUUCAGCCGGCAAAGCUUACCGAAGCCUUUAAAUACUUUGUCCAGGGCAUGGGCUACAUGCCCGCAGCCAGCAUGACUAGGCUGAUGAGAUCCCGAACAAACUCUGGCGCCAGCGUCUCCUCCAUGGAUGGAAAUAGGAGCCGGUCUCACACCAACGAGGGCUCACGCAGCCGCUCCCACACCGGGGAAGGCAAUCGCAGCCGAGCGCAGACAGGAGAAGGGAACCGGGGACGCUCUCACACGGACACCAAAAUGGACGACCUCAACAAUGUUAAAUCCAUGGAGGUUUCCUGUUAAACCCCAACCUCCCCCCCUCCCCCCUUUCCCACCGGGCUCAAUUUGCACCGAUGAAACCUAAUCUGCCAACUGUACAUAUUAACCUGACUUUAACCAAUGGGAGGUCUCAGGCCACCGAGAGGUUAAGUUUUAUGUUCACUCUUAUAAACAGAGCUAUGAGGACCAAAGAUUGUUUUGAAAGGCAGUCACCCCACAUACUAGCCAUUAGUAGCCACCACGCUCAUUCCAUUAAGUUUUUUUUAUUUUACCCUGUGGUGUUGCCCCAAAAAAUAUAUUGAUAUUUGAGAUGUAAGUUUUUUCAUUGCACAAAAAAAAUGGUUUAGAACCUUUGCCAGGUUGUCUGUGGCAGAAGGAGUCAGGAAGAAAGGGAAUAAUCCCACCAAUGGGGUACAAACGGUAGCAAAAACACGACAACAUUCUAAUAAUUUUCCAUUCUAUGCAAAGUAAAUUGUAACAGCUUUUGAUUAAUUUUAAAGGAGGACUGCUGUCAUUAGAAAAUGUAUCAGGACACUUUCAAAAAAUAUUGUCACAUUUGCACUGUAUUUUUUAUUUUGUUUUUUUGUCUUCUUUUUUUUUUCUCUCUAAGACGGAAUUACUUCUUCAUUCUCACUUUUAUAGAUUUAAUUUUGGGAUCACGCUGUCACACUUUUUUUUUUUUUUAUUAGCUAGGCCAGCCGUUGCCAGCAAGAGGACUUUAGAGCUGUGACAGGCUGGAAAAAAGGGGUAACAAAAUAAUAAAAAUUAAAAAAAUAUAACAAAAUAAUUUCUUUCAAAAGCAAAAAA